AUAAGAAGCAUCUCCUCUCCAACCCAUCUCCAAAAGGAAAGCAAAUAAGCAAUUACCAGUUAAACCUAAUUUUAUCGUUUUAUUUUAGAAAGAAAAUGACUUCAUGGAAGAAAACAAUCGCAACGCCAUUCAAGAAAGCGGCGACGUUCUUUAACCAACCGCAGCAAACGACACACAACCGCCACGCAAACGCCAAGACGAGAGAAGAACACCAGAGACGAUCGGUGAAGGAGCUUCAAGGAGACGUCAUGGCUUGUGGUUAUGAAGAUGUCCUCGUCAUGUGGUCAAUUCUUGACAAGUCAAACUCUUCAAACAAUUUCUCUUCUUGAUUUGGUUUUCUCACAACGAAAAAUGAGAAACUCUCCUUCCUCUUUCAGCGAAAUUUACAUUACGUUGAACAAAUGGAAUUCGAAUUUCUCUUCUUCUUCAAUGUGAAUAGCUUUGUAUUAGAGCCCGCCAUGUGUCUCUUCUUUCUCCUUAUCUUUUAUGUGGUCGCGGCUUUUUUUUCCCCUUUAAGUUAGAGUUUAGUAAUUUUUUAUCCGAUGAUCAGUUUGGAUUCGGAUGUAAUUAAUCCCUGCGAUGAUCUAAUCCAAGUCACGGUGCGAUUUUUCAUUUAACAA